AUGAUUCGACAGGACGCCCACCGCAUCGACCCCAAACGCAGGGCAACUAUCGACCACAAAAAAAGGCAAUUCGCUGUACCAAUCUACAAGCAGCAGGACUACCCGCACCGUCUGAACCUGUACGACACGCCGCCGACGGCUGAGAUCACCCUCGAGCAGUUUGAGCAAUGGGCCAUUGAUCGGUUAAGGAUCCUGGCCGAGAUCGAAGCAUGCUCCUACCGCAAUAAAUCCCCCGGGGAGACCGACACUCAAAUCACGCCCCUUCUCCAGAAAUAUCUCCCUCUCUCCUCCAAUACCUCCUCUUCCAAUGGUGCUGCCGACCUGCGUUUGAGAAAUGAACGCCAAAAGGAUCACUACUCACACUUUAUUCUCCGCCUGGCCUUCUCCGCCACGGAGGACCUCCGCCGACGAUUUGCACGCGCCGAGACCAUGCUCUUCCGCUUUCGUUUCCAGAAGGAUGACUCUCGAGAAAGACGUGCUUUCAUUGACAGUUUGAAUCUCGACUGGGAACCCGUGGGCGAAGAGGAACGAAACGAAAUCGCCGAGCACCUGGCUAACUCGACGCCCGGUUUGCACCGGGUGAAUGAUGAGACAUGGUACAAAGUCGACUGGGAGAAGGUCCCCGAGCUCGUCGAAAGACGGUCUGCGUAUAUGAGGAGGGGUAAGGCCUAUGUUCCUGGAAGGGAACAGUUGAGUAUGAUCAUGGCGGAGUUCACUGCCCGCCUGGAACGUUCGCUUGAGCUCACUAGCCGAGCGCUUCCCCGUCUAGACGAGGAUGACCGUCUCACUCCCAUCCUCAACCACCUCUCCAAGAACUUCGGCAGUGCCGAAUCUGUAUACACCGAGAGCGAGGGACAUGUCGAUGGAGCGGAGAUCAGAGCAAGCUCUAUCGACUCCCUUUCUCAACAUUUCCCACUGUGCAUGCGCAGUCUACACAUGAAUCUGCGCAAGAACCACCACUUGAAGCAUUUUGGGCGGCUGCAGUACACACUGUUCUUGAAGGGCAUCGGUCUGUCUUUGGAGGAAUGUAUCCUCUUUUGGCGCCAAUCCUUUAAGGGCAAAACCGACGACGAAUUCAACUCUCAAUACAAAUACAACAUCCGCCAUGCUUACGGUGACGUCGGUGGUGAUGUGAACCGUCGUGGCCGAGGAUACCCUCCUUACUCGUGCCAGAAGAUCCUGGGGGAUAGCAACCCCGGCAUUGGUCAAACCCAUGGGUGCCCGUACCGCCACUACUCCGUUGACAACCUUGUCGGGCUACUGCAGGCAACGGGCGUAAGCGACAAGGAAGUUUUGCGGGGAGUGCGUGAGGAUGUGGGCAAGCAACGGUAUCACAUUGCGUGCAACCGAGUCUUCGAGUCAACGCACAAGAACGAGAUCAAGAAGGUCAAGGAGGACGGGACGUGGAGCCAGGCCGACCUGGACACCAUCGUCCACCCGAACACCUACUUUAAGCGCAGCUACUUACUGAAGCAGUUGGCCAAAGCCCCGAGCCGAGACGCUUGA